AUGCCAGAGACAGAAAUUUUGGCCAGCGGCGUCAUCAAGAAGAAGCGAAGCAAGGUCAGCAGGGCAUGUAACAAUUGCCGAAGGCGCAAGAUCAAGUGCACGGGUGCGAACCCGUGCCUCAACUGUCAGACAUACAAGUGCGAGUGCACUUACAACCUGCAGUCUCCUCCUACGAUAGGUACUGGAGAUUUUUCGCUCAAUACGCGCGGAGUUCCGCUAAAGACAGCCGCCUCAGGGAUAUCCGCACCAAAACCAACGAUAGCGGCCAAGGCGCCGGUGGGCUUCAUACCCUGCGAUAGCGUACCGCCGGUCUGUACUUCCUCUUCCUCUUUGGAUGCGGACUCUACCUCUGUCCCACAGGCCAAAAUUUUUGCCGGUCUCCCGAAUGGGCUCUACGAAGACGACAGUGAGAUACUGAAACAACUUAGUCGGCUUUCAGAGGCUCUUAAGGCGCUCAAGUGCAUGCCGCCAUCAGCACGAAUGACUGGGGCGAUACAAAACAUUCAGGACCAGAUUGACGACAUACAGACCAGUUGGCGGCCCGCGGUUCGGAUGAAUGCUACGAACAGUGUUUCCGAGGCAACCACGUCUUUAGAAACUCGGCUCAUGAUAAACAAGUACACUGAUAACGUAUCGUUGACGCGGUUUUCUACUAUUCAACCGUCUCCAGUAUUGUCGCAAUCUAAUUUCCUCAACCAGCAGCCGGUGGUGGAUGACACAUUCGGCCUAUAUAGCCCAGGACUCUUGCUUUCGGUUAGAGGAAUUGGAUAUCUGUUCAAAAACUUCUUCAACCCUGGUGCGAAAAUGGCUAGAGAGUACAAGACAACGCUGUAUAUGAUGCUAAGGUUUUUCGAUACUUGCUUUUAUCAUCUGGACCUAGCAGCUAAGUCAUGGCUCUCGCCAAUCGAGACAUACUACGAAUUGAUUUCAAAACCCUUUAAUUCGAAGGCACAAUCAAUAAAAGAUUUAAUUGAUGAAAUACCAGGAAGUUUGAUAGCAAAAUCUAAAGAGGCCUUCCCAGAAUUUCCUCAGCCUUCAAAUAUUGAUGAGAAACUGCCUAUGUUUCAUUGGCUUAUAAGGCUUUCGGAAACAGUAUCAUUCGAACCGAACCCAGAAUAUUUCGGUUCAGCAAAUCAAUCGUGUGAUCCGCCCUCAAUUGAAAACUACUUGCGCUGUACAGAGAUCCUCUUUAUUCUUACGUUUGAGUACUUGCAUACCACCAUCCACACGCCUUUUGGCGACUUGGAUUUUCUUGAGUCGCUUCUUAUCCUAAUGAAGCACCAGUAUUGGGUUGGAGAGUACCAUUUUUUCUUUCAAAUAAUUUCAAUGGCUGUUGGUUAUGCCCAAAACUUAGGAAUUCAUCGAUGGGAAUUUUACGUUGGAAUUGAUGAGGAAUUAGCAGAGAGAAGGCGGUCUAUGUGGUGGAAGUGUUACUGUUGGGACAAAAACUAUGCUAUACGAACAGGUAAGCAGGCGGUAAUCAACGACAACAGCGUUAACUGCUUACUUCCAAGGUUUUUUAGAAAUCUAGGAUUUUUGGACAAAGAUGAUUUUUUGAAAAGGGUAACGCUUUUGAAAGGUACUAUCGGAGGAUCAGUACUCGAUAUCGCAGAAUACUUUGCGACCGCUAUUUCGAUCUUAAUGGGGGAUUUUUUUAGCAACGUUCUUUACAACAAUGUCUACACUGAUUUUAGAAAUCAGGCGAAGCCUCCCAGUUUCAGGGAAAAACUAAUGUUUGACCUGAUCGAAGACGUCAGAAAAUUCAUUGAAAGGUUCGAAGCCAGUCAGCAGCACGCUCAAGGGCUCAGUGAGUAUAUCACUAAAUGUGAAACCUCCAACGACCUUCCUAGUAGUGACAUGUUUAGUUGUGACAGAAACGUCUCAUACAAAGCAGCAGCAAUUGUGGUUUAUUCUCAUUUUGUUUUGUCUGUUUGCCUGGUCUCUGUUGAGCAUUUGUUCGCUCGGCUCAAAACCGGAAACUUUCCGGUAAGGAUUUCAGAGGCUCUAGGAAAAAACCGAGGUAGAGUUUCUACUUCAUGGAGGUUCGUGAUGACGAUGAUGAGCAGGAGCAGUAUACAUUUGAUGUGGAGAAUAAUGAUACCCGGCUCUAUUCUCUUCUUGACGGUACUUUCUGAUCUUUUUACGCAAUGUAAUGGGCGUGUAAUUGAAGACGUCAUUUUAGUGUUAAGAGUCUCUCGGAAUUUUGAUUCUGUGGGUCCCACUGAUGAUUGUUGCAAUGAUAUGAUCAACAAGAGCAGGAUUAUCAGACAGCUUAUGAAAUGCAGAACAUUUUUCCUAAUCAUGGUAAGAAUAAGCCUUCAACUUUUUAUGCGGACUUCUCAUAUCUCCGUGGUAGACAUGCUAAAUCUAAUUGCUCAACAAGAUAUUACACUUGUUGCCACAGCAGAAGCGAUUCUUAAUGGAACGAAUAAGAAUUUUAAGCAGUGCUUUCUUGCAAUGGAAAGAAGUUCCGUCCACUUGAACAUUGAGCGCUCUUUGGAACAGGAACAAGCUCUAAUAAACUCACAAUCUGCUGCUAAUUUGGAAAUUGGUGACCAAUUUCCGGCACCAAAGGUCGAGGAUUUUGGCCCAUCUUUUUCCACAUUAAAAAGCCGAGAAUCUGAAGGCAACGAGAGGGUGCCUGGUAGUACCGUCAAACAGGGAACUUUUGCCCCUUCAUCGCCGACAAUGAAUUUCAAUUUGGGAUCGCUGGACGAUUUUUUGAAUUAUGGCGAGGAUGAUCUUUAUAACAAGCUCUGGAGCGACAUAAACACCGAGUUCCCUGAUUUCCUACAGCAAGACUCUAUGCAACAGUGA